CCUAAUUCACUGACAAGAACAAGUUUUGCGAGCACCGAUUGAGCAAAAGAUGGCAACUUUGAUGUCAAAGAUGCUCAAGAAGAUGAGCUUCUUCAUUCUCCUCUUCUGCAUCUUCCUCUCUUUCAACACCAACAACAACAGCAUCAACAGCAGAAUAAGCAUCACCACCACAACCACCUCCUCUUUCUGUAACCCCUCUUCUUCUUCUUCUGCUUCUUCUUGUUCUUCUUCGCACUCUCGUUCUGUUCCUCUGGACUCGUUUUCCAAUUACCCUGUCUCGUUAUCUGUCAAGAUCAAUGGUGGUGUUGGUGAAGAUGAUGACGACGAUGAUGAUGAAUUUGGUGUUCUUGACGCUGGUGAUAAUGAUGAUGAUGACAAAAAUGAUUCUUCUGACGAUGAUGAAGAUGGUGGUGAGUCACUUCAGUAUGAUUACUACCGAAAUUCGUGCCCCAAAGCAGAACGAAUUGUUCGCUCCACCAUGCAACAUAUUCACCGCACCAAACCCUAUUUGAUUCCAGCUAUCCUUCGCCUUGUUUUCCAUGAUUGUUUCAUUCAGGGAUGUGAUGCUUCGGUUUUGUUAGAUGAUGAUGAUUACAUUGAUUCAGAGAAAGAGGCACCUCCCAAUGGAAGCCUCAAAGGUUUUGAUGUAAUUGAAACCAUCAAAUCCAAGCUUGAAGAAGCUUGCCCUAGAAUUGUUUCUUGUGCCGAUAUUCUUGUACUAGCUGCUAGAGACUCUGUGGCUCUGGCUGGUGGCCCCUUCUAUCCAUUAUAUACCGGCCGGAGAGAUGGUUCGAACUCUUAUGCUGACAUUGCAACGUAUGAGCUUCCUUCGCCCUAUUCUGAUUUAUCACACACCCUUAAUUCCUUCAAAGCAAAGGGAUUUGAUGAAAGGGAGAUGGUCACUCUCCUAGUCUGUAUUGGCGAAAUCCACUGCGAAUUCUUCAAAAACCGCCUCUAUAACUUCAGCGGAACCAAUGAACCUGAUCCUUCUAUAGAAGUUGAAUUUCUGAACCUACUGAAAUCAAGAUGCAGUGCAUCAUCUCCCUCAUCUACAUCAGGAUAUACUUCCCACCGCACCCUUUCAUCAACAGCUUUUGAGUCAACUUUUUCCAGUGGCUCCCCUUCUUCCUCAGUAGAAGAGCCAGGAAUUACUAUGGACUUGGAACAACCUCAAUCAGAUUUUGGAAUUACCUACUACCGCAACCUAUUGCAAGGUAGAGGAAUCUUGUAUGCUGAUCAGCAACUACUGGAAGGCGAAGUAACUCGUUAUUGGAUCAAGGAAUAUGCUCUAGAUUCUACUUUGUUCCAUAAACAUUUCGCCCUCGCAAUGAUGAAACUCUCAGAUCUCCAUAUAUUGACACCGCCUAUGGGUAACAUUCGGCUCAAUUGUUCAAAGGUUGCAUGAAAUGUUGCUAAGAAUGAGAUGUUCAUGAAGUGCUUGUAUGCAUAUUACAUUUUGUUGCCAACUGUAACAGAAGAGUAGCUAGAACUUUUAAAAAUUAGUUUCUGUUUCUUAUCAUUCCUAUCAAACUAGU